AAUAUACUUCUCUUUAGAGCUAUAAAAGCCCCCUUAAAUAGCAUCAGUCAACUUAAAAUAAUAUCUCCUCUUAUAAUAAUUACUUUACAUACCGAACUUACAGUCACCUCUUAUAUAAAUAUCCAUAAAAUAGUCACCUUCCUUUAUAAGGAGUUUAAUAUUAUUAUAUCCAAGUCUGCUAUUAGCCGAGCCCUAAAAGAGAUAAGAUAG